UAAUUGAGACGUUUAGUUUCGCCGGUCAGCACUGAGUGCUGCUGGGCAGUGCGGCCAUACAUCGCCUGUUACAAAACCCAGCCGGUUGUUGCAUAACACAACAACACAAGUGAUGAUAAGCUCACAGUCGCCGUAUCCUGUUCUUUAUUAGGGCCUUUUAGAAACGAGACACCAGCGAAAUCCAGUCUGAGGCAAAGACACUACUUGGAGCUGUCUCGGCAGGAACUGCUUUGAGAUUCAUUGAGCUGACCUGCCGCUAGCUGCUCAGGUGAUUCAUGGCUAAUCGGCUCCUCAAAGUCUCCUCUCUAGCCACAGCAGUAUUUGCCUCAUCUGGAUUUUACCUUUAUAGCAGUCACCUGGACCUCAGUGACUUAAGUGUGAUCCGCUUUGGACGAGCUGUGGCGACUACAGCAGUCAUCAGCUACGACUAUCUCACAGCUUUCAGACACGUGGAAAAUGGCACAGACGAAUACUGGGACCUCAAGUCAAAGGUGCACAGGCGAUCGGCAGAGCGUCUUCGAGACUUGUGCUGUGCCAACCGGGGCACUUUUAUCAAAGUGGGCCAGCACCUUGGUGCUCUGGACUACCUGCUGCCCGAGGAGUACACAUCUACGCUAAAGGUGCUCCACAGCCGAGCUCCUGAGAGCAGCAUGGAGGAGAUCCAGCAGGUUAUCAGAGAAGACCUUGGCAAGGAAUUGUCAGAAUUAUUUCUCUCCUUUGAAGAGAAGCCUCAGGGUGCAGCUUCCUUAGCACAGGUCCACAAGGCAGUGCUACAUGAUGGAAAGACGGUGGCGGUCAAGAUCCAACACCCCAAAGUCCAGAAACAAAGCGCCAACGACAUCCUAGUAAUGGAAGUGUUGUUGAAGGCGGUUCAUUGGCUCUUCCCGGACUUUGCCUUAAUGUGGUUGGUGGAGGAGGCCAAGAAAAACAUGCCUCUGGAGCUGGACUUCCUUAACGAGGGACGCAAUGCUGAGAAGGUGGCCGACAUGCUGGCCCACUUUCACUUUCUUAAGAUUCCCAUGAUCCACUGGAAUCUCUCCACCAAGAGAAUCCUGACCAUGGAGUUUGCAGACGGGGGCCAAGUCAAUGACAGGGAUUACAUGCAGACACAUGGCAUCAAUGUCAAUGAGAUCUCAGAAAACCUGGGCAAGAUGUACAGUGAAAUGAUCUUUGUCCACGGCUUUGUUCACUGUGACCCCCACCCAGGCAAUGUGCUGGUCCGAAAGUGUCCGCAGACCAAAAAGAACGAGAUUGUUCUGCUUGAUCACGGCCUGUAUCAGGUUCUGCAACCAGACUUCAGGUUGAACUACUGUCAGCUGUGGCAGGCUUUGAUUAAGGGCGACAUGUCAGGGGUGGAGCGUUACAGCCGCAGACUGGGCGCUGGGGAUCUGUACCCCCUCUUUGCCUGUGUACUGACUGCUCGGUCCUGGAAGGCGGUGAAUGCCGGUAUUAGUUCUGUACCUGUCACCCGUUCCGAGGAUAUUGAGAUAAGGACCAAUGCAGGCCUGUACCUGCCCCAGAUCAGCGACUUGUUGAACAGAGUUCCCCGGCAGAUGCUGUUGCUGCUGAAGACCAAUGACCUACUGCGAGGCAUUGAGACCACGCUACAGACCAGGGCCUCAUCCUCAUCUUUCAUCAACAUGUCCCGCUGCUGCAUACGAGCCAUAGCCAGGCACAAGAGGACUAAAGCUCAGAGCAGGAGAAGGCGUGUGCAGAUCACGCUGGCCGAGUCUCUCAGCCUGUGGAAACUCUACAUGUAUGAACUGUUUCUGUGGCUGAAAGGAUCCAUGACCAUUCUGAUGCCAUUACUACACUGAGACAUAUUUGGAUGUCAACCUUGUUUUUAAAUUCAUCUUUUACCUCAAGUGUCCACUCAUUAGUGUUCAGAUAAUGAUUGUAACAUCGUCAUCUGUAAUUUACUCAGUAUGCUGUACAUUGUAUUUUCAGCAGGUCACUAUUGUUGGGAAUUUUAUGACGUGAAAAAACAUUCUCCUGUAGGUUCUGUAGUGCAGAGAUGGAUCCUAAAACACGAGCUCCGAGACAUCUGGAAACCUGAACUUUUAAUUUUAGCUUAAAAAUGAAAUAUCGCAGUUUAUAUUCGGUAGGGAAUAACACAUACAAAAUACAAACGGAUUAGUUAUUAGUUAGUAUUAAUUAGUUGUUAAAGGUGCAUUAUCUAAAAUUGAUGGUCAAUAGAGACGGAAAAAUAGUAACUCUUACCAACAUCUGCUAAAACUCACCUGCAGAUAUCUACUGAGCAGCUAGCCUAAAUGCAUGUUUGGCCAACAGCAAAUUUGUGCUCAUUGUUGUCAUCUUUUUACAUGGUGGCACAUGCCAAACAUGACAUCAUCAUGAGGGUGGGUGUGGCUUAGGAGCUAGAGCGGGUUUGUUUGUCAAUGGGAAGGUUGAUGGUUUGAUCCCCUUUGAGAGGCACGAGAGACAGUAUUUGUGACAGAGAACGUCAGAUAAAUGUUGCUGUAUUAACUUUUAUUCCUCUUGUCUUCAUUGCAUACCUCCACCUCUGGAGGCUUUCUUCCACCUGCUCCCCCACUCUCACUGCAGAUAAAAGUUUUAUCCACACACGUCAUAGCCAGGAGGACUCCUGCCUGAGCUCAUCUCUUUACCUGCCCAUCACCAUUGCAACCAACAGCUGAUCCCUGGCGUAGUUCCACCCCCACCUUGAUCCCAUCUGUCACUCCUAUGCACACCUCACCGCUGCCUUGCUGUUCUCAUUUAUGUCCUGUACAGCCCUCACCUGCUGCUCUGCCACUCCUAAUUUCCUCAUAUAAUAUCCCAGUUCCUCUCUUGGAACGCUGUCAGGCUGUCAAACAGAGUGACACCAAAAAAACCCGACAGACAUAGAAAAAGAAAACGAAGGAAACGAAUCAUGACCCCUGGAUCAUGUAUUAAACAUUUACCGAAACAAUGUUAGGGUCACAUGAUCCUCUCAAUUAUAAGAAAAUGGUUUAUAUUUGAAUAUCAGUUUAAUGUAGGUCUGAUACAGAUCAGUUACAUACAGUAUGCAGUAUUGUAUGCAUCUAUCCCUCAGUCACUCGUUCAAUGAAAAUCACCUCACACUGUCCUAAACUCAUUAUUUACAAAUGUUCUUGGCAAGAAUAUCAAAAGUGGACAAAUAAAUGAUGUAAGUGACCAUUCACCAUGUUUUAUCACAAACUGGUACAAUCCCAUUAAAAAAUAAUUAGACAAAAACAUAUUUUCUCUCUGAAUCAUAACUGCAGUAAAAUCUUUGUAGAUGAUUUAAAUGAAGCUUGCUGUCUAUAAUAACUCUUCUUAACAGAUACUGUCCAAACAAUAAAACACAACUCUUACCUCACACCUCAGUGUUGUCUCACUGUCCUCAUACAUGUCCUGCACCACCCUCACAUAUGUCUCUGCCACUCCUGACUUCCUAACGUAGUACCACAGUUACUUUCUAGGCACCCUAUCAUAUGUUUUCUCUAGAUCCAUAAAAAGACUUAUUGCAUUUCCUUCUGACCUUCUGUAUACUUCUCUAUUAACAAAAGUCCACUACAGUCUCUCCUGGACCUUUUUAUACCUCCACAGGUGUGUCAUCGGACUAUUUGCCUCCCACUCUGCUUCGUAGCUGCCCUCACUUUCUCCUUUCAAAUCAUCACUUCCUGAUUCUCUCUCAUGUUCUUCAUUCAUUAGUCCCUCAGAGUAUUCCUUUUACUCCUCAACAGUGUGUUACAAAGAUGAAACACGUUUUAGUACUCUGCUGUCUAUCCUUAGUCUUAACCCACAUCACAUCAUUACAGCUUCCUCUCUCUGCCUAGCCAAUCAUGUCCUUUUCUCUGUCCGGGAUCACAUAUAACUCUAUACUCAUACAACUAUAAGCCUUUUUGUUUCCAGUUUAUUUUGCUGUAAAACCUCGCUCUUUGCUGGAUACCUAGCAUCCCGCCACUCCUGUCUGCUUUCUCCAUUUCCCUGAUUAUUCCACUUUUCUUUGGGAAUACCUUUCUAUACUUUCUCAUUCCACCACAAGAGAGGUCUCCUUGUCUUCUUUCCUCUGUCCAUGAGAUCCCACUUUGGCUUUACUUUCCCAGUCAUCUGGUAACUCGUCCCUAAAACCCAGAACCUGUCUCAGCUCCUUCUGGAUAAUAUUCUUCUUUCUUCAGUUACUGCCAUUUAGUACUUAGCUCUGCCUUCCCACACACCACCAGAAUACCCUAACCCAUGUCUACCCAACAUCUGCUCAUAAACUCUGUCUACUAACAUCUGCUCCAGUUACCCCUCUUUACCAGUCCCAUAGUACAUUUAAAGUCCCUACUCUCACCUCCACACUCCUGCCUUGUCUUCUUUCUCCCUGCCUCCAAGGUUUUCUCCCUCUCCUCCUAUGUUUGGGGCAACAGCACACAGUUUCCUUGGACAGCAUGCUUGCCAACACAACGGAGGUUGUAGUUGUUAACCCAAGCUCUGACUGACCCAAUACAGAAAUCUCAUUCUUGUUGAUGUUUGAUUUGGCAGAAUCCCACUGCUGACACAACCCUCCCCUUUUAUUUGGGCUUAGGACUGGUACUUUACAUACUGCACCUUUAAAACACAUGGUUAUAACUCUGGAUGGCAGAGCUUCCAAAUGAAUGUAAGAAUAUUUAGCUCUUUCAUUACCGGUCAUGCUAUGAAAUUCAGUAGUCCUGAUAUUGAGACAGGAAGUAUCAUAAGCUGCCUUUUAACCCUGACUUGGCCAAGAGACUCAUAACAUUAUUUCAUAAUUACCGUCAAAUAUUUCAGUCUAAAAUUUCAAAAAGGUCUGCUGGAGCAAGACAAACAUGUAAAGGAAAUGACGUCAGAAUAAUAAAACAGUGAAGCAGCCCAGUGCCACAUCUUUAAGCCUUUUUAAAAGUGCCACAGAUACAAAUGCUGCUGUUUCAAUGCUAUGAGCCACCAAAGUGAUGAAGGCUGCUGAGAACUAGAAGAACAACCUGUACGAAGCUCAGUCAUGACAGUAUUUCUCUCUGACUGACAUCGGACUAACUCAUUCCUGCUCCUCUACAAAAUACCUCAGAAAGAUGUUUCCAUCAGAACACAGAGGUUUCUGUUGAUGGUGAAUGCAUCUGAUGGAUAAAUAGCUUAUGAUAGAAUUAUAGUAUGGUGACUGACCGUGUUUACCAUUUCAGAGUACUGUUGAUCUUAGGUCAAAUACUAGGCACUCAUCCCUCAAGCGCAGCAGUUUGUGUUACUGACUGUGAAGCUGUCUGAGCUGACAGAUAACAGAUACAGCGAUGACAGAGACUGAACUUUUCACACCAUCUCUGAGCCUGAGUCCAGCUUCAGAGAAAGCUCGUUCCUGCCCCUUGUAUCCACAGUCUCAUUCCAAAGCUGGAUGCAGACUGACUGGUAAAUCAACAGCUUCAGUUCAGGAGAGCAUAGCAAAUUCACAUAAAUAUUAUGAUAUUGGUAUUUAUUCAUAAUUUUUAAGAAACCAGACGCUGGAUGGUUUACAACAGACAGGAACUCCAUUUCUGUUUCUGUGACAUUCAUGUCUUUUAUUGUUUUUUGCAGAAGUUUCGCUUCAUCUUAUUCAGUGGAUGACUUUUGAUUUAUGAGGAGAAAAUAUUAUUUUAGUGUUUGGCAUAAAAAAAACUGAUGUUCAUUAAAGUUUUUCUAUUUUUAUUGUCAUCUUUACUUCUGGAUCCAAGUCAAAUAGAAAAGGCUUUAGGUGUAGUGGAAGUUCAAUGACGUCUUCACAGUUCACCACCGUGUUAGAGCACACAGGCCACAGUGUUUGUACUUUGCACUUCUUAGAAUUAGCAUGUGCAAAUAAUGAGGAAAUCCUACACAUCUCUUUGAAGGACGGAGAUUAUCUGAGACUUUACUGAUUCUUCUAUGAAAUGAUCCAGCACUGAUCCCUGUGCCAUGGCUUGACGUAAUUAUCGUUUUAGUUAAUGACUGCUUAUUGUUAUGUUAUUAUUCUUAUCUAUUGAGCACGGAGUGUUUAUUUUAUUUGUAUUUUAUUUGUAUUUUUUUUGU